AAGAAAAUGGCGGUUGUUGCUUUAUGAAAUCCUAAAUAAAGUUUUACCAAUUUAUUUAGGUAAAUAACAAAGUAGAUAUCUAUAUAUUGAUUGAUAUAAUUAAAAUAUCAUCCUAACAGAUACUGUUAUAGUAUCGUUUCAUUUAUUUGUGAUAGUUGUGUAGAUGCAUUCACUAAUUCCAUAUCAACACAACAACGCGGUUAAAUAACGCAGUGUAAACAAUUUUUGGGUUAUUUAAUGAAGAAUCUUGAAAAUUACAUCAUAUUUCCAUGUUUUUAUUUUGACACUUGGUAAAGUUUUAAAAGUGCUGUGACGAAAUGGAGAAUUUAGUUCGAUUAUUUUGAUCCAAUGUUUAUGUGCUAAUAUUACCCAAAAAAUGGGUGAAACUGAAGAAUUCAAUACACUGGAGUUUGAAAAGAAAUUGACGCAGCUAAAAGAUACUCAGGAGAGUAUUCAGUCGUUAUCUUCCUGGUGUUUAAAACAAAGAACGCACCACAAGAAAAUUGUCUCCAGUUGGCUUAAUGUUUUGAAGCGAGUUAAAAUUGAGCAAAGAUUAGUACUAUUCUAUUUAGCCAAUGAUGUUAUCCAAUAUAGUAAGAGAAAGAAUUAUGAGUUUGUUGAAAGUUGGGGACUUAAUUUACAAAAAGCAACUCCACUUGUCAGAGAUGAAAAGGUUCGGCCAAAAAUUCUACGCAUAUUAAAGAUAUGGGAGCAAAGAUCUGUAUAUGAUGAUGAGUUUUUGUCAGACCUAACCGGUCUGCUAGUUGCUGGAGCUGUUAAAAAGACUGAUGAUGAUUUAGAUUUUCAGCCACAGCAAUUAGUUAACAAAAUAAAACAGUGUUCUGUUUUGGAAGCGGACACUGAUUUAAGGUUGAAGCAUAUACAUGAGUGCAGUUUGGAUCUGUCUGAUGCUGAUGCACUGUGUGCAAACUUGAAAGAAAGAUGUCUAAAGAGCGACGUGGAAAAGGAAAUAAGUGAAGGUGUCGGAUGUAUAGAGAGGUACACGCAGGCAUUACAGAGGGAGAUAGUAGCGAGAGAAGCUUUGCUGGCCUUAUUGAAUUCUGCCAACCAAUACUAUUCCACGCAGAGGGGCGAAGUGAAAGUCGUUGCUUACGCGUACAAGAACUUUGGCGCCCGAGUGAGAGCACUAAAACGGAAGCUUGACGAGCUGAUCCCCACCCUGCCCAGUGGUGUACCUUCGCCCCCCAAGGAGGAGGAUGUACCGUCGCCAGGGCCUGACGAGGACCUGGAUCUGCCGCAAUCGGCUGAAAAUGAAGAUGAAGUAGCAUACAACAUAGAUCAGACGUUCAACACGACUGUAUCUGCCGAUGGUUCCCUCUACAAUUUGGGCCUGUCGUCGUUCCUCACUGCGGACAACCCGUUGGCCAUGUUCAACGAUGAAAUCGAUCUCACUAAUGCCAAUAAAAUAGAAGUAAUAAACACAAGGCCAAGUGAUAAACAGGACUUCAGUAUAAAUGACUUCUUGAAGACACUCACGCCGGCCGAGAAUAAUUCCGUUUCCCCAGUCAAUAGUGUGGGUAGCGCGUCCCAAAAGUCGCAAGAGGCGUUGCCCGGGCUGGACCUGCUGACCCCGGACAGCACGGGCAACCCGCCGCCGCCCACCUCCUUCUAUGGGAGUAUGGACGCCGUUACCGCCGGGAGCGAUGAGGUCGAACAGCAUUACUUACCAGAAGCGGUGGUCAGCAGCCAAUGGACGAAUAACGCGUGGAGCGUGCCUCCAGUGACGCAGCCGAUCGCAUCGAACCGGGCGGUAUUCGCCGAACCGCCAGCUUCGCCACCGACGCUCGUACAACCAAUGGUACCGCCACUGUCGGUACCCGCCGUUAUCGAUAGACCGACGGAAAGUUCCGCGCUGGACGUAGACCACAGGGGUAUUCUGCCACCACCACCCCCACCACCCGUAUUACCUAUGUUGGGACAUAUAGAAGACGUGGAUCACAGAUUGAUGCCCAGUAUGCCCACCCUCGCGCCAGUCACCCCCCCUGCGAGGCAUCCGGUACAGCAAGAUGUAGAUCACAGGAAUUUAAUAUCGCUCACUCAUCAAUUACCACAGAGGCAGCACAAUCCUGUAUCUGUUGAUCAGGACUACCGAGUGCCUCCCAUGGUACCUCCACCAGACAUAGUUGAGAGUGUCGAUAUGGACCUCUCUGAGGAUGAGGAACAACAAGCAAUGUAUCCACAAAGCCAAAUGGACAACAGGCGGAACUCAUUCAACAACAACAAAGUGCUAGUCGGCGGCGACGACAAAGUGAAGGACGUGCACAACAACACGCAAACGGACGGGCCGCAUUCCGCCCCAAUAAUACCACCACUGUCCAAUCCCUUCGAGAAAAUGCCCCCGAACCUCAAGUUCACCAUGCCCCCAGAGUUCCCAACCAAUUCACACCCGAAUUCUGCUCCAGUUCUGAGUCACUCGAAUAGUUUGCCGCAGAAUCACCUGAACAGCCUGCCCCAAAAUCACCACAUGAACCAUCCAAACAUGCCCCAGAACCACACCUUGCCCCACAACCAUCCAAACAACUUACCCCAUAACCAUCCAAACAACUUACCCCACAACCAUCCAAAUAACUUACCCCAAAACCACCCAGCCAAUUUACAGAACCAUCCAAACAGCUUUCCACAGAACCAUCCAAACAAUUACCCGCAGAACCAACAUCCAUACGAGGAUUCUCCGAAUUACGAUCGCGAAGAGAAUUCAAACGAUAGCGCGUAUGAUGAUGACCUGCGCACGCGCAGUUUAGACAUGGAAGUGAGACACGUGGACGAUUAUUCCAAAGACGUCGAUUGGAACGGGCCCAGACAAAGGUUCCCUAGAAAUUGGGGGCCGCGAUCUAACUUCCCCCCACGGGGACAAUUCUCCCCGCAGUUUUGGCCCCGCAACGGCCCCAGGAUGCCGAAUAGAUGGAUGGGGCCAAGGCCGCAACGGUUUUGGUGACGACUUUAUCCAAAUGUAUGGACUGUCGUGGGCGAGUGUAUGGGAUAUAGAUUUUUACAGCCCCGAUUUUAUUUCUAAUGUGCGAGUGAUUGAAGAAAAUAUCGUUUCACAUACUUUUUUGUGUUAAAGUGCAUAUUUAUGUAUAUAAUUAUGUUUUCGUGAUAUCAAUAGUUGAUAACGAAUGUGAUAGCAUUCACAUGCUGCAUACACUCGCUCUAUAUAUUU